UUGUUUACAUAUAAAUACAGUGACGGGGAAUACCUGAGUCAGCACACACAUGUUAUCUAACCAGGAUCCCCCGACAUCAGACUUUGCACCGAUAGAAGUGGAUAGACCGGGUCGUAGUGACAGUGGUGUUAGUGACAGUGGAGGCACCGGCUACAAAAUAAAAUCCCAUGAAGACUAAAUGUGAGCGGAGAGAGCGACGAAGAUCACAUGAAAUAUGGCGCCAGCAGCAGAAGAGGCUUCUACAGGAAGUGUCGUCAAAAUAUCACGUGAUGAAUCAUCCAUCAACGAACACGUGCUUCACGACUACAUAGCCGGAGCAGUUGGGGGUAUGGCCGGUAUUAUUGUGGGACACCCGUUCGAUACCACCAAGGUUCAGCUCCAGACGCAGCUCCACAGCAACAGGUACAAGGGCACUGUCUCCGCUGUCCUCAACAUCAACAAAUACGGAUGGGUGCACGGCUUCUUUCGCGGAAUGUCCACUCCACUGCUGUCUUACGGCAUCGUUAAUUCUGUGUACUUUGGAGUUUACGGAAACACCUUGAAGAUCCUGGAGGAGAGCAGAGAGAAGCGGAAGUCUUCCUAUUUGAACAUUUACCUGGCGGGGUGCGUGGGAGGGGCUGCCCAGCUGAUCCCCGUCAUCCCCACGGACUACAUCAAAGUGGUGCUACAGUCACAGAUCCCCCGACACAAGGGGGGCACAGACAUCAAAAAGGCAUUUAGCGGCCCCUUGGACUGUGCUAGACACAUAGUGAGGCAGCAUGGCGUACGUGGGCUGUAUAAGGGGGGCCUGGCGAUGGCCUACAGGGACGUUCCCAGCUACGGACUGUACGGACUGACGUACGAGGUGAUGUCACACUGGAUGAAGGAGUCAGGCUGGUCCGACUCCCAAGGGGUCAUUGCGGACCUCGUGGCCGGGGGAUGCGCGGGAACUAUCACUUGGGCCUCCAUCAUUCCUUUUGACGUGGUCAAGAGCCGGUACCAAGCGGACUUUGUGGGUGAAUACUCGGGUCUUAUUGACUGUGCAGUGAAGAGCUACAGGGAAGAGGGAGUCCGAGUGUUUUACCGGGGAUGUAUGGUCACGUGUUUAAGAGCAUUCCCCGUCAACGCUGUCACGUUUCUCGUCUAUUCUCAGUCCAUGAAGUACAUGGAGUCGCGCUAAAUCUCGGGGAGAAGCGCCAUCUGCUGUCUAAGCACAAAGGAAAGACCACUUCUACUGGUCAAUUAAUGCAUUAUUUUAUCAAAGAAAGUGAAAAUGUUUACAUGGCGAAUAUGUACAAUUAAAUCAAACAGUAUUAAUUAAAUUACAAACAAAUAGUAAUUUAUGAACACAUUCACGUCCAUCCAUCUUUCUAGAAAUGUUCAUCUCUUCAAUAAUGUACUCACAAAACUACUUUAAAAUAACAAAAAAUGGCACUGAUUAAACAUGUCUUUGAAAUAAAGAAGCAACUGCA